AUGGUGUCUUUGAAAAUUCUAUCUAUAUGUUUGCUAUACAUGGAAAUCAGUUUUAUAUUCUAUUUUCCCUUUCGUUACUUCCAUUAUCUAUUUCCUUUCUAUUUUACUUUUCUUUCUUUCAUUCCUAAUUUUUUUAUUACUUUUUUUUCCUUUUUUUCAAAUGAAUGUAUUCUUCCAUUUUCUUUUUCCAACUUUUUCAAUUUUAUUCUUAAGCAGAUCCUGUUUUCUUGCAACACUACUUCUUCUGCUUCUUCUUCUUCGUCUUCUUCUUCUUCUUCUUCUUCUUCUUCUUCUUCUUCUUCUUCUUCUUAUUAUUAUUAUUAUUAUUAUUAUCCCUCCCUCCUUGACUGCGUGAUUCGACCCAAAUUGUCCCUCAGGGCUCAGAUAUCUAUAUCUAUCUAUCUAUCUAUCUAUCUAUCUAUCUAUCUCUCUCUAUAUAUAUAUAUAAUAGCUGGCUACGCGGAUUCGAGGAUACCAGUCUAA